AUGGAGGCUUCAUAUCAAGGAGGAGUGUCGUAUGAAGAAACCAACAACUUUCAACGAUUAUCCCAAACAAUAGCAAGUAAUAUCAAGAAAAUUUCCCAGAAUGUCUCGUCAAUGUCAAAGAUGGUCAAUCAACUUCAAACACCUCAAGAUUCACAAGAACUUAGGAAUCAGUUGCGCCAAAUCCAAAACUACACACAAAAGUUGGCUAAAGACACAUCUUCAUUGCUAAUGGAACUCAUGAAGCUGCCCGUGGACCAACCUGCCCAGAAACUCCAACGUGAUCGUCUCAGCGAUGAGUAUUUGAGCACCCUUAAUGCAUUCCAGACCACUCAAAGGUCGGCGGCCCAGAAGUCGAAAGAAGAUGUGAGGAAAGUCAAGGCCCAAAACAUCAAUAUCGGCGACCCGUUUGCAAUGAACGCCAACAACAAAGAACUGUUGGAGAUGGGCGAUACGAACAUUCGCAAGCAAGAACAACUCACGAUGCAGUCGGAGCGAGAGCUUCUGGAGCUGGAGGAACGAGAGAGGGACAUCAGACAAUUGGAGAGCGAUAUUUUGGACGUGAAUCAGAUAUUCAAGGACCUGGGCACUAUGAUCCACGACCAAGGCGCCGUCGUUGAUUCCAUCGAGUCCAACGUGGAGUACGCAGUGCAGAACGUCGAGAGUGGCACUCAAGAACUAAGGCAGGCGGUGAACUACAAGAACAAGCUGAGGAAGAAGAAAGUGUAUAUAGCUAUUAUUCUUAUUAUUAUCAUAUCCAUUUUGUUGAUAGUCAUUUUUCAUCGUUGA